GGCCCAGACCCUUCCAGUGCCCAGACUGUGGCAAAUUUUACUCGUACAAUAGCGGCCUGAUUCAACACAGGAAGUACAUGUGUGGAAAGGAGGCCCAAUUCCAGUGUCCAAUACAAACAUGUUCUUACAAGUCCCAGUUGAGAUCCAAUCUGAGAAAGCACAUAAAAGCCAAACACCACCAGAACCCAGAAAUGGUCAUGCGGGAAAGGAACACCAAGAAGUACGAGGAGACUAACAAGGACUGUCGGCAAGGGCAAAGAUUCUUUUGUCCGAGAUGUAACUCAUCCUAUAAAAUACGGCGGUCUUUAAGGCGUCACAUGAAUUACGAGUGUGGAGUAGAACCCAGCUUUCCAUGCCAAUAUUGCAGCAAGAGAUUCAAACACAAGGCUGACCUCAAAAUCCACCUGGUUAGGAACAGGUGCAAGAAACAACCAUUAUUAGACUUGAAUUCUCAAAAGGCGAAUUCUAUCAAUGGAAAGAAAGAAAUUUUGGUUGUGAACAUUGUAUCCAAAUCUAUAAAAGAAUAUAUUCCUUUUUCGAAAAUUGAUGUCUCUCAAAUCAGUUCUAGUUCUAGUGCCACUUUUGUUCCAAUUGUACUUGAAGAUGUAGAACUACCUCAACAGAACUGCACUACCGAAAUCAGUGUCUUCAGUUGCUUGAACAAAUUGGUUUUUAUAUUGCUGGGUCAAGCUUACUUUAAAUGUCUACAGUGUUUCAAAAGUUACAAACACAGAACCAAUUUAGUUAGACAUCGCAGACUGGAGUGUAACAAAGCACCUUCGUAUCAUUGCCCGGUUUGUAACCUUUUGUUUAAGCACAAGCACCAUCUUCAGAAACAUCAAGAAAGACAACACAGCGUCCAAAACUGAUUUUUCUGGUUCGACAGGGUUCAGGAUUAAAAAUGACGUAGUAAUACUGCUAAAGCAGGAGUUGUAACAUGUAACUUUUUUUUGUUAAAUUGCUGUAUUAAUAUGUUAAAAUUAUACUGGUAAAGAAUACUUCAAGAGUAGCUUCU